AUGGGUGAUAAGAGACGUAAAGAGUCGUCUGGCGCCGCAGACCCGCCGCUCAAGAAGAGCAAAAAAUCAAAGCACACCGAAAACAAUAGUGCAGCAGUCCCACCUGUCCCAUCCCUCUCCUCAGACAAUGUUUCCACUAUCACAUCAAAGAGAUCUCGCAAGCGGGCUGCAGAUUUCAUGAAUGAUAACGAAGACGCACCCACCAAACCCGAAACUCAUGCGAAAGUCACGGAGAACAAGACCGCCAUUUCUGUCCCUCCUGAUGAUGCUGAUGAACCGGCUCCGAAGAAGUCGAAGAAAAACAAGAAUAAGGAUAGAAAGGGCAGUCAUGACGAAGUGCUCUCUGCCGACGGUAUCAAUGGGGUGGUAGAACAUGACGGAGAUGGAAAUCUUGACACUGUUACCACACACAAACCGGUCUCUACCUCGAUGCAAGCGGAAGCAGAACGCACCGUCGAUCAGGAACUCGAAGUUGGAUUUGGAGGCUUUGCAAGUGAUGACGACUACGACCGCGCUGAAGAGGUGGAAACUGAGGAUAAUGCUGCUGCCCUUUUGGCCGGCUUUGACAGUGACUCGGAAGACAAGCAAGAGGAUGAAGGAGGCCUUGAUCUCACCACCACACUUGCGCUCCCCAAAUCUAAGAAAGUUCGCAAGAAGUUGGACAAGGUCAAAGCCAAAGGUGAUGAUGAAGGUCCCGGUACUGUCUAUGUCGGUCGUAUUCCCCAUGGAUUCUACGAGAAGCAGAUGAACGAGUACUUUUCUCAAUUUGGUGAUAUCACCCGCUUGAGACUUUCUCGAAACAAGCGUACUGGACAAUCCAAACAUUUUGCUUUCAUCGAAUUUAGCUCAAAGGAGGUCGCCAAGAUCGUGGCCAAUACCAUGGACAACUAUCUACUGUUCGGCCACAUCCUCAAGUGCAAGUACGCCGAGCCUGAUUCGCUGCAUCCGGAUGUAUGGAAAGGGGCAAACAAGAAGUUCAGAAAGAUUCCACAUGAAAAGCUUGAACGAGCGGCUCUGGCCGCACCCAAGAGUGAAGAACACUGGCAAAAGAAAGUUGACAAGGAGAAGCGUAAGCGUGGCAAGAAGGCCGAACAGAUGAAGGCUAUUGGAUACGACAUGCCGACAUCGACCUUGGCCAAUCCUUCGGAAGCUGUAAAACAAAAACCCGCCGGAAAAGAUGAAGCGAGGAAAAUUGAGAGUGAAGAGGCCGGUCCCGCCGGGUCGAUGGAGCCAACCAAGGUUCCGCCCCAAGGCGAGGCCGCAGCCAAAGAGUCAAAAAGGUCCAAGAACAAGGAAGAAAAGAAGGAUAAGAAGAGGAUCGCUGUGGCCAUUUCUGCUGUUGAACCUCCCGUUGCUGAACCGGUGAAUGCUGUUGAAGAGAAGGCCAAAGACGACGGCGAAAAGGAGUCCAAGUCGAAACUCACCAAGGUAGAGAGAAAAGCACAGAAGAAAACAGCGAAGAAAUUGGCAAAAGAGUCAGACGCCGUCAUUGCCCCAGGGACUAAGUCAGACCCUGUCCAGGAGACCAAAACAGUUGAAGCCCCAGAGACGGAUUCCAAGCGGAACCCGGAAAACGAAGCUGAUUUCAUCUCUUUUGGAGAUAUCAAUUUUGAGAAAGAGUCUCGAUCUUCUAACUCACCCAAAGCCAGUCGUGGUCCCCCUGGUAAGAAACUCAAGAAAGAGAAAAAGAAGAAGGAACGCAAGAAUCUCGUCAAGGCCAGAGGUCCAAAGUCGAAUCUUAUUGCGAGCAAGCCGAAAUCGGAUCCAAACGCAACCGGCAAAAUCCCUGGUCUCCCACUUAUGGGCAAGGACAAAUACAACAAGGCCAAGCGUCAAGCUCAUAAGGAGUUGAAGAAUAAGAUAUUGGCCAGAAGAGCUACCGGGGCUAGUAGAGGAUCAUCUGCUGGCUCUCGCAGUUAA